AAGAGAGGUAUCUUCUUUGUUCCUGGAGCCUGCCCUGGCAUUGACCUCGUGCUCCUCAGAAGACUGAGGGGUGCUGAGCGCACCAGCGGAACGGGAGCAGAGCCGGCCCCUGGUGAGGCAGCGGCUCUCUCUGGCUCCCCAGUCAUGUCCUGGCAGCCGUCUGCAGUGGUGGUGCUCUUCGUGUCUCUGGCUGGGACUUUGCAUUAUGGCAGUCAAAUAAGAGCAAAAAUGUUUCCAGAAACCGCGGACUAUCAACCUACAAUAGCAGCAACAGCAGAGGCCACAGCAAAGCCUUUCCUGCAACUAACUCACCAAGUCCCCGGCCAAACUUUAGCAGCCAGAUCAAUGGAUGGUCACGUCCCCUCUCAAAGAGCUGCCCCAACCUCCAGCUCUGAGCCCCCAACCACACAUACAACAGUAAAAUCUCUGGUAACAACUUCCUUGAUAGCUACAAACAGCACCCCAGCUACCAGCCCGACAGCCCACACCCUAGUCACAACCUUGGCCACACCCAAUAACUCCCACACAGCUGCUCCAGUUACUGAGGUUACAAUUGGCCCCAGUGCAGCUCCAGGUUCACCGCCAACCACCAUCCCUCCAGCGGCACAUAUGACAGGAACCAGCCCACCAACUGUCAGCCACACAACUAGGAAAAGCACCCAAACCAGUCACCAGACCGCCCUUCCAGCAACUUUGUCCACCCCACUACAUAACAGCACAACCAGUCACAAGUCUGCUCAACCCAGUCAUGCCCCAGGCCCAACCCCAGCUGCGCACAAUACCACCCAAACGGCCUCACCUGGCACCACGGCUUCCAGACCCACUCUUGCACCUCGGGCUUCGUCAGCCAAGACUGGAAUUUAUCAAGUUCUAAAUGGAAGCAGGCUCUGUAUCAAAGCAGAGAUGGGGAUAGAGCUAACGGUUCAAGACACAGAGUCGGUGUUUUCACUUCAGAGAUACUUCAACAUCGACCCUAAUGCAACCCAAGCUUUUGGGAACUGUGGCUACCGAAAAUCCAACCUUCUCUUGAAUUUCCAGGGCGGUUUUGUGAAUUUCACAUUUACGAAGGAUGAAAACUCGUAUUAUAUCAAUGAAGUGAGAGCCUAUUUGACAGUCUCAAAUCCAGAGAAAAUUUACCAAGGAAUGAAAAGUUCUGUGGUGAUGUUUGAGACUGUGGUUGGGCAUUCCUUCAAAUGUGUGAGUGAACAGAGCAUCCAGCUGUCAACCAACCUUCAACUGAAAACAAUGAAUGUCCAAUAUCAAGUCUUUGAUUUCGAAGAUGACCACUUUGGAAAUGCGGAUGAAUGCUUCGCUGACAGAAACAGGAGAGAAACCCCUGUGGCCGUGGGCCUGAGUAUUGCAGUACUGCUUGUCGUUUUGCUAACAGCAUGUCUGGUGGCCAACAAGAGGCCCAGUACAGGAUAUGAACGCAUGUAAAGCCCCACCUUCUUCAAAAUGUGCCAGGUUAAGGCCUUGGGAAUUCUGGCUUCAUAUUCAGCCUGAAGUGAAGGGAUCAGUUUUUCUAGUUGCCUAUCCCACCCUUCCAAUCCGAUUAGGAAACCUGGCUUUCUACCGAGGGGCCAACGGAAGGCUACCGAAAAGGUAGCCCCCACUGCACUUUCUCCUGUUGGUACAGGGAGACUGUGACGUAUGGGCUUGAAUUCCACUUUCCACACCUGAUAAUACAGGGCUGGCUUCGAGAAUUAGGGACAAGAGGCGGGGACAUGAGGAAGGUGCUUGGGAGAAGGAGAAAGCAAAUACCUAAAGGGAGAAUUGUAAGAAAGACAUUUUCAAACUGCACUGAUUUUUCUUACACACUUUUAAGAGUCUCAAUAUCUAGUUUUUAAAAAAAUUUUAGUUUUAAAAAAACAAUCCAUUUCGAAAUAGAUUCUAAAGUGAUUUUAAACUCUCGGAUUUUGCCCAAUUCCUGAUUUACUUGAAUUACAGAAUGGUGUUAAUAGACUAAUAUUUUUAAAAAGACAUUAUAUGCUAUUAUAAUGUAUUACCAGUAAAAAAAAAAAAAAAACUAGAUAACUUCCCAACAUUUCAUUUUUUAAAAUGUAAAGCACACACCAAAGAUCUUGGCAAACAAAAGAGGCUCCAUAAAUGUUAGUUCUCCAAUUUCUUCACCUUCAUUUGUUCUCUGUCUCCUUAACAUUUUUUUUCUGCUUUGUCUCUGUUUUUCUUUGAUCCUUAGUCUAUCCUUAUAAAUUCGUUAAUUUGGGCCAUUGUGGGGAAGGGAUGAAGGCAAAGCAUCAGAACAAUCAGGAAUCGCAAACAGAACAUGUAGAUCUACCCCAGAUUAUUACCACUUUCCUCUUAAGCAAACAUUACAAAAAAAUCAUAAACCAGGAGAUUCUUGAUUGGGAAAGAGUGGUACGUAGAGGAAAAAUUCUAUCAAAUAUGGCUUGGAAUGUUAUUCAUGCUUUUCUAUUACAUUGUUUAAAGAGGAGAAUUGAGACACCUGGAUGGCUCAGUCUGUUGAGCCCGUGACUCUGGAUCUCACCUCAGAUCUUGACCUCAGAGUCCUGAGUUCAAGCCCCGCCUUGGACUCCUCAGUGGGUGCGGAGCCUACAUUAAAAAAAAAAAGUAAAUAGGAGAAUUGAGGUUUUUAUUUCGGAGAAAAGGGAGGGUAAAGGGCUUCUGGAUGUUUUUAAUUGCUUUUACUAACAGAAGUGUUCUUGUUUUUCUGUAUUUGCCAGAGGUGCCAUUCAUUGUCUUUUGGUUUUUUGGUGUUUUGUUUUGUUUUGUUUUUAACAGGAAGUUUAUGAAACUUGGCAACAGCUCUAUAACCACUGCUUACCUAGGGCAUGUUCUGGCUUUCCCUGGAAGGAUUUUAGCUCUCUCCACUUUCUCAGAAGUGAGGGGGUGGGGAGGGCACACAGCAGCUUCAAGAGAGCUUCAAGAGCCCCUAAGACGUUUGGAGUGUCAGGACAUUCCUGUUUCCCCCUUACAACAGGAGAUUUUGAUGAUAAUCUAGGCUGUGAGGACCCGAUGUUCCCCAGAGGGACUCAGGUUUGCCAGCGAGGGUUGGCUUUUGGAGAGAUGCCAUCUCUCUCCAUCUCCAGCAGGCCCUCCAGUAGGCAUUCACAAAUACCCCGCUCCCCCUCCCGUUUCCAGCUCCGCCUGAAGUGUACUCAAGAGCUUCUAUACCGCAGAGCAUGAGUUGUUUAUUCACAGUGCCACUGACCAGCCUGUAGAAUGACUAAAGGAAGAUUACUCUUCUAGUGUGGGGGAAUUUCCAUGGGAAAAGACGCGGAGUUAAAAUCAAGAAGAGGGGGAUAAGGCAGUUCACAUAAGUUCAAUUUUCCUUUCUACCAUCCUCAGUGAGUUCUUUGGAGUGACAGCUGCUGCUUAGAGUCCUGUUAUCUACCCCCACCCCUCACCCGUCCCCGCCGCCAAUUAUCUUUUAAAUUACCGUGAAUUAACAUUCUAGUAAGCAAAAAGAGAAAAGGUUUCAUUUGGAAGGCUAGUACCUAAAGCCCGGAUGCGUUCCUGCCCCGCAGUUCUGCCCACUUUCUGCAGUGACUUCCGGGGAGGGUCCCGGAUUGCGACUGUCACGAGCUGCUGGUCGGGAAGUAGCCUCCUCCGGCCCUGGGUUCCUCUGGUGCUGCCUCCGAGUCCUAGUCUCACGGCUGCAGUUUCAGGGGUCCCAGGCUUACUGCAGAGUGCUGCAGGUCACUUUCUGGGGCCACCCCCACCCCCGGGCAGCCCUUCGGAGGGCCUCUGAGGCGGGCUGCGCUUGCCCCUUGCCUUUAGUGCACCUGCUGCUUGCCCGUCCAGCGGGUUUCAACUCCAUUUUUCUCUUCUGCCGAGGGUAGAGCAUCCUGAAUUCACCCCUCCCUCUGCAACCCACCCAGAGAUAAUAGAAACCUUCACGAACGCCCACUU